UGUAGCUUUGUUUGUACAUGUCGUGUGGUUUUCAAAAACAAAAUGUGUACCUUUGUGUUAUUUUUUAUCUUUUUGAACUCUGCUACAGCUGUGAUUUAUAGACUCAAUGAUUCGGCGUAUGCUCUCAUGCCUCCUCUAUUUCAUCUUGAUAACUAUGAGGAGUGCUUCGAUGAGCCUGAAGGGGUGUACUGCACCCUGGAAUUGAGCCUGGUUUCCGAGCAACCUAGCCCGCUGUUGAACAUGAUUCAAGAAUAUUCAGAACACCAAUCAACACAUUUUAACCACACAAUAUUAAACCAAGGUAUUUGCAUUAAUAAAACCUGCAAAGAAUUCUAUAAACCAAAUGUGGACCCAAGAUUGACCCUAGAGGCAUGCCUUAAUGAGUCCCUCUAUAACAAGUACAAAUUGAAAGCAAGGGUGUCAAAUGGCUUUGAUUGUUCUAAACGUGAGAAGCAUCCACCAGUAGACUAUGUAGAUUUAACCGUUGGCAUAAUUUGCCUCAUAAUCUUGAUGCUUAACCUUAUAGGAAGCCUUUGUGAUUUUUAUUUGGAAGGAAGAAAAAUUCCUGGAGUUUUCAGAUUUAUUUACGGUUUUUCAAUAUUUCGUAAUUGGAAGAAACUGGUGGCGUCUCCAGAUAAGUGUCGAGAUGAUCGCAUGCUCGCAUUGAAAGGACUUCAUGGCAUUAGAGCUAUUAAUAUUAUGCUGGUUAUAACAUGUCAUUCAGUUGCUACUGGGGAACUCUUGUCUGUCAACCCGCACUAUAUUGAAGAAUUAUACACUUACAGUAUUGUACACGUAAUCCUGAAUGGGACACUGAUAAUGCAGACAUUUUUCAUAGUCUCAUCCUUCCUUCUCGUAUAUAUCUGGAUGAUGAGAUCUGAGAAACAGGAACCUUCUUGGAAAUUGCUGCCGAUGCAAAUUAUGAGGAGAUGGUUGAGAUUGACACCAUCGUAUGCCAUUAUCUUGGCCUUGACUGCUACUUGGUUUGGGAGGAUGGCAUCAGGACCAUACUGGGAGAGAUAUGUAUCUCGAGAAAUGGUUGACUGUCGUCAGGAUUGGUGGAAGCAUAUCCUAUACAUCAGCAAUUACUACGAUGGCUCUAAUUGUAUGCCACAAGCUUGGUAUUUAGCAGCAGAUACCCAACUCUACUACAUGGCAGUCAUCAUCUUCCUUCUAUGCCGUAGAGGCCUCAGCAGGAAAAUAAUGCUAAGGCUCAUCUUCAUAGUAGGCAUAAUCUUACCAGCACUACAUACUUAUUACCAAAACUUGGAUGGGAUUCUCAUGAUCACUCCUCAAAUGGCUCUGACAUUUUUUGUAAAUAAUCCGACGUUCGACAAUACAUACAAAAGAGGCCACACUAAUAUGACUGGUUGUAUCAUUGGUAUGGCAAUUGGCUACAUGUUGUAUAAUUGGCAGAAAACUGGUGGAGAUCCUAAGAAAUUCCAGAAAUAUCGCUACAUGUACUGGUGUCUGUUCCCGCUAUGUGGUCUGUGCUGCUAUUCUGGAAGUGUAUUCUUCUGGGACCAGCCCCCACUGCCUACCUACGUUCAUGUGUUGUAUGCUUUGUUACUGAAACCUGUCUUCAGCGUUAUCAUGGGUGUUAUAAUAGCUGGAGUCAUUGUUCGGUUUGAAGGUUUGUACCGGACAAUCUUAGAAUGGCGAGCGUGGACGCUAUUGAGCCGGUUGUCAUUCUGCGCUUACUUGAUGCAUAUUGCCAUCAUCAGGAACAUCAUAGCCAUGCAGACAACUACUCAGAGAAGUACCAUUCCUGGGGUUUUCCUACAAUGUGCGAAAAUUCAGCUGGGAUCAUUCAUAUUCGCCUUCUUCCUCUGGAUGUUAGUGGAAACUCCUUUCGCGAACUUGGUUCAAGCCAUAUUUUCAAAACCUGGAACUGAAACUCAAGAAAGCAAGGAAAAGGAUUCCAUGAAGUCCGAAGGUGAAAAAUCUCCUGCGAAAACUGAUGUACCUGUAAACAUUGUGGUGUUGACCAAAAUGUAAUCUAUAUAAAUAAGC